CUUUCGCCAAUCGCCAUAGCUUCAAUACCCACUUAGGAAAAUCCCUAGUUUCUAUUAAAAGGGGCGACUCUCCCUUGAUUCCCUAGCUAGCUAGAUCUUUCCUCUGUGGUUACUAGCCGUCGUCAGUUUUGGUGGUUGACUAAACAGGAUUUGUAGGAAAUUGACAAUCUUUGAUUGGUUCAUUCUCACUCAGCGGAGUUUGCCUUGUCAAGAUGAGUUCAGUAAUCUCUAGUAGAUUGCUUAUUAGGGGGUCGAAUUGGAGUUAACUGCCUGAACUUCAACCUUUUAGGAGCUGCAAACAUUUCCAGCAUCAGCUGUUAAAGUCAGCAAUGUUUCAUUGGGAGCAACCGAGCAAGACAUAAAGGAGUUCUUUUCUUUUUCUGGUGAAAUUGAUUGUAUUGAUAUGCACAGUGACACUGAGCGCUCUCAAAUCGCAUACAUAAGAUUCAAAGAAUCCCAGGGGGCCGAGACUGCAAAAUGUCUAUCGGGAGCAACAAUAGUGGAUCAGUCAGUUAUCAUAGAAUUGGCUCCAGACCACCAGUUUCCUGUGACUGCUACAGUCUAUUCUAACCCAAACGAGAACAGCAAUGGAAGUGGUGGAGCUGAAUCUUCUUCAGCCAUCCAGAAGGCGGAGGAUGUAGUCAGCAGCAUGCUGGCAAAGGGCUUCUGCCUGGGGAAAGACACAGUGAAAAAGGCCAAGGCCUUCGAUGAGAAACAUCAACUCACAUCGACUGCAUCGUCCAAGGUUGCUUCACUAGAUCAGAAGAUUGGUCUGAGUGGGAAAAUCAGCGCGGGGACCACUGCUGUGAACGAGAAAGUGAAGGAGAUGGACGAGAAGCUGAAGGUGUCGGAGGCAGCCAAGGCAGCAUUCACAGCUGCCGAACAGUCGGUGAGCAAUGCUGGAUCGGCCAUCAUGAAGAACCGGUACGUGCUGACGGGAACCUCAUGGGUUACUGGUGCAUUUGGUCGGGUGACGAAAGUUGCAGGCGAGGUAGGACAGAAGACGAAGGAGAAAGUGGCGGCUGAGGAAGAAGGAGCUAAUAAGGCUUCAGGUUACGUUCCCAUUUCAUGACUUGCGUGAGCCAUAUAGGUUGGUUGUUUUGGACUUGGGUUUGUACUGAAAUCUUCGUGUCAGAAAUGGAUGUUCCAGUUGCUCGUGUUGUUGGUUAGGAAUGAUGAUUGUGUUUUGCCAUAUAUUAUAGUCUCCAACAUACAAAAUAUCAACUCAAGCAGGUUUCUCUUUCUGAUACGCUUUGCGUUGGUCUGGUGGCAUUUUCAUGCAGCAUUGUACAAGUUUGAUGCUUGAUUUAAUUCAAUAUAGUUUCCACAUGACUCGCAC